AUGAUCACGCAAACGCCUCGCCCAGACUUGUCAGCUUCGGCUUCCUCUCCGAAAAGUCGCCAUGCUUCCGCACAGCAGCCCAGGAUAGCCAUCACACCGAAUCGAUAUAGAAACCCCUCAUCGCUCAACCAGGCCUUCCCAUCAACUCCCACCUCACGACGCACAUCCAUCGCCGACAAUGCCGACGACAGUCCACCUUGCAAAGGCUUGACCUCCAAUUGGCAAGCCAGCAUCGAGCUCUCCCUCACUACACGACGUCGUCUCAUCCGCAAACCUCUUCCGCAAAUUCCAUCCUCGCAGUUCAAUCACUCUAGCCUGGCUGACCGACCGGACUCAGGACUGAUCGACUCGGCUGCUCUCGACGCUCAGUAUCAGAAGGCAGACUCUUGGUGGCCGGAUACUCUUCCAGAGAAGCAUAUUGACCCCUCCUCCUCCUCCUCCUCCUCCUCUCGGGCUAGCGGAGCAAGUCAGGCAGCUUCAUCGUCUCGCUUCAGCACUCGUACUGAUGCUGAAGCGGCGCAACUCCAACAGCAGCCCAACGACGGACAAGGCUUGGACGAGCAAAGUCUCCGGCACUUGCUCACCAUCCUUCACCAUGCUGCACUACGUUACGACUCUGCUGUGACAGGCCAUGACGACGGGACCAUCGGUCGAAACGUGAUAAUCUCUCCAACCGGCACCUACAAGAAGCAAACAACGUCCAGCACAGCAGCUGGUCAAACCUCUUCCGGAAAUGAAGCUGACAGCCUCUAUGUUCUCGACGAGGCGACUCUCGACAGUCUCUUUCGCGCUCUUCAAACUGCUUUCCGGCAUCUCUCACAGAAGCAGGUGCUUGGUGCCUUGCAACGCACUGCAUCCAUUCGUUGGCGAGCCGAGGCUCAGCUACGCAAUGCUACAGCUGCACAGGCUGCCGAAUCCAGCGGCGGUCUGUCUUCACGUUGGGCACGAUUCGCUUGGCCUGCCGCUGCUCUGGGCAAAGCCUACAAGGAAGCUUCGAAGAACAUCCUCCCACCUUUUCCAGGCGAUCUUGCGUCCUCAGGGUUUGGCUCCGUUUCGCAUCUACAGAUGAACCCUGAGCUGUAUGCUGGCCUUUACUCGGACCGAGAUCAUCGCAUACGCAAGAGAGACGUUGCUAUCAAGAUCCUCAGCAACGCCGUCUGGUUCGUUCGCAAUUAUGGCCCAAUAGCUGGUGUCGAAACACUCGAAGGCGAGGUCGCCGAGAAAGAUGCCGUUCAUGCCGUCAGUGCGGCUUCCCUGUCAGCUGACGGACUUCCACCGCCUUGCCUUUCCAGCAUUCGACGCACUUCUGAGAACCUUCUCAAGAAAAACGCUGGUCUUCCCAACUUCCUCUCCAAGUCGAGUGCCACUACCGCUCUCAGUGGUACCGCAACACCUGAAAGCAGUGCAUCUGACGUGCCACCCGUCGUGGAGCCCUCACCCUCCUCCGGAUCUUCCGCAGCUGGCCCAUCUCCUGCACCUGCUUUGGACGUCAAUAGCAUCACCCCUAGUACUUCUGCUGCGCAGCUGCCCACAGCAACCUCGAAGACCGUGCUGAACACUGCAGAAGCUGCGUCUGCGGUCUCUUCUGCAACAAGCGUCGAUGCCUCAGCAGAUGCAACUUCCACGACCAAUGCCUCUGCAGCAGCAGCAGGCGAGAAGAGCAAAGCUAUGGAGCAUCUCGCAUCACUCAGCGCCGCUGCCGGGGCUGCCAUGCGCCAGAGAACGCAACAAGCCGCCGCGGCUGCAACUGCAAACGGUGGGCCAGAAGACUCGAUCGACGCCGUCCUUGCCGUCUCAUCUGGCACUUUUCAUCCUCAGUCCAGCCGUCCCAGCUUGCGCUCCUUUGUCAGCCGCUCAGAGGCAGAGGCUGCCGAGACUGAUGCACUCGAAAAGGCGGAACGAGACUACCUAGCACAGAUCGGACAAGGCUGCGAUGAGUGGGCCAAGAUGGUGGUUUGUCGACUAUGCGCUGACAUUCUCGUUGCUGAGGGUAACUCAGCCGAUAGAGGACGACGUCAUCGUUCUGGUACGCUCACCACCAAGGAUUUUGGAAAAGCUUCUGCAGGUCUGGAGGCGGGCGAUAGCAACGUCGGAUCCAGCAUAUCGACACGCUCCGACAUGACUGCCAAAGCCGGAAAGGUUGGUCAUUCCACUGUUCAUCUCGGUGCUCAGGCAACUCGCGAAGCCGCCACUAACGAUACCAGCCAGGAGCUGAUUGUCUGGAAGGCCGACCUCUUUGACGGUCAGGAACUCUUUGCCCAUGGCGCCUCAUCGCACGAGCGCAGAGUUAGCGUCUCUCCACACGACGAAGGCGAGCGUGUCAGGCUUGUCGGUGGCAGCUUUGUCUGUCGAGUACAGACUGAGGAGCAGCGACAAGCUUUGAUCGAGCUUCUCGAGAUUGCUCUGUAUGCCGGCAUGUCAAUGUUGCUCGAGUCAAGCUUCCUGAGCGACUCGGACGCAGCGCGACCCAAGCCGGUCAAAGUGCCAACCCGCACCACUUCAGCCGUCGACGCGCCUCCAAGAGGUGCAAGCUUGGUGCAACAGCCAUACCUCCUCAGAGCUACGUCGCAACAGAGUCUUGAUGGCAGCCAGAGGUCUGUGUCCGACAGUAGCAGUAGCCACCUGCACGACUCGCAUUACGUUGGGUCGAUAGCCAACCCAGACACAGAAGCGCAUGAGGCUCACGGCAAACCGGGUUCUCGCAAGUGGACAAAGAGCUUGUGGGGCAUGCUUGGCCAGCAUCCGCAUGGUUCAGCAGACUCAGGUCCAAAUGCUCCAGGCGGACGACCAGGAACCAGCGAUGGUCACGAAGCAUCAGCUGUGCCACGCAAAUCGUUGACCAUGCACCGCUACCAUACCGAGGACGAAACAAACAGCCUAUCUUCCAACAGCACGCGAAAAACGCUCUUCAAGACUGGAGAGGAACCGAAGCAGACGAUCGCAGCAAGAAAGGCCGCUCUCUUUGCCAGCGUGUCUAUCAACUCGGCUCCACCUACGCCGCAGGGUUCCCGCGGCUCAGCUGCCGAUGGAAGCGGUUAUUCGAGCAGUAAACCACACCGCUUCGUCGGACGUCUGAUGAAUGCUUUUACCAAGCCAUCGUCGUCAGAGCCUCCGCGAUCCGAUACGGUCCUUUCCAGCUCUGAUCUCAACACAGCGACCCCGUCCUCUAGCGCUGCAGAACGAUCAGAAAGUGACUCUGGUACCGUUGGCAUCGAUACGACAUCUCUACGAUCUCGGGUUAACACAGAAGUCAAGCCGUCUUACCUCCAGAGAGCGCGUGCACAGGCGAAGCCGCAGCCACUGUUCCCAGUGAAAGGACCGAGCCCAGCUGCUUUAUCCACAUCGCCUGAGCUAUCCAUGCUUCAGUGCUACCAGUAUCAAGCGGAUCCAAACCUGGGCACAUUCCCGACCGCUGCCUAUCUCACUGCCUUCUAUCGCUUGCAAGCACUCCGUUUCUUGGCUGAUCAGCGUCGAGAGCACCUGACUUUCGGUUCGCCCUCCCAUGGCAUUUCUGCUUCUGGAGACUUGCUGCCUUUUGUUGGCGUGCAGAAGCCUGCCUCAUCCUCAUCAAGCUUGCCGUGGAGCGUCAUCUCCUCACGGCAACAGCAACAGCAACAACUAAACGAAAGACGCGGCACUACUUCUGUGCAACUACUGUCUUACGAGCUUUUGGCUGGUGACGGAUCGACACUCGGACUGUGUCGCGAAGAGGUGGCCUUCUACCAGCGUCUCAGCAAUAGCCGCGAUGUACCUCUUGGUCAGGUCAUUGAGGAACUCGGCAUUCGAGCUUGCGCACUGGAAGCAGAUCGCGACGCCUCAAACAAGACGUCGGACUCUCGUAUUGUUAGCGGGAUGAAAGGCUAUGCAAAUGGCAAAGAGGCUUUGACGGGGCAACGUUUCAACGGAAUGUAUGGGAUGCCCGAGCAGCGUCUACAGUUCCUUCAUGGAUCUUGCCGCAUCAAAGUUGUCGCAACGGUUCUGCCGUCGCGCCUGUACGAGAUCGGGCCAGAGUCGCAGAGCUCUGCAGAGACGCAAGCCGAAAGAGCACAAGCAGACUCUAUUCUACAGACCGGAAGUGCAGCUGUGUCGCCUUCACUGAAGCCUACCAAGUCACGAGAAUCUGACGUCUCUGCCAUCGCUGCUGCCUCUCACACGGACAAGGAGGCUGCCAACACGGCCUUUGCUGUCGCCGAGACGGCUGUGCAAGCGGCGGAGAGCGCAACGUCGAGGCCUCUUGUUGAUCAGAGAGGCAGUGGAAGCACCAGUGGUAUCUGGAUGUGGAACGCAAGCGCAAAGAGCGGCUGGCAGGGCAAAGCAAUGCCCAUGUCAGAAUCCACCUAUCUUCUCUCCUUUGCUCGAUACUUGGAAGCCAUCUCGUACCACCCUGCGCUGCGUCGGGCGGCGGGUCUGGAGCCCGCCAACGCCAAAGCGUACGGCGGUCUCGUUAAUGUGCAGCAACAGCUCCGACAAGGCAGGAGCGAAGACGCAAGGAGCGUCGCGGAAGGACCAAACCUGCUGCGCUUUUUCCGAAAUGGCCGCUCACUCGUCAAGGUGCAAGUGCAGCCUCUGGUCCUCUACGAUUUGCACAUCGAAGGUCCUUGCCUGAAAACGGGCAGCGAACGCCGACGUGAGAGGAAGCAGAAGCAGGCACAGGCAGAUAAACGCAGGUUCAAGCAACUGGCCGAAGAGACGCGACUCGAAAUCCAACGCUUCUUCGCCUCCAUCAAGAGCAACACGACUAAGCUUGAAGACGUCUUUGUGUCUCGUGAGCUGGACGAAGCAGGCAAGACCAUCCGCAAGAAGGCGGCUGCAGCAGCAGCACAAAUUGCUGGUGCGGUCCAGGUGCAGGGCCAGGGAGAGAGUGCAACUGCAUCCUCUUCCAGUUCGACAGCUUUUGAGCAGGUGGCCGAACCGUUGAACUUGCUCACCAAUCUCCGCUCGUCGCUGCGAUCAGACGAGUUUGAGCUGUACGAAGCUUUGCAGAGGACAUUUUUCCUCGACGGGAUCAACGAUCUGCGUAAAGCCUUCGCGGAUCGAGCCAAGUCUGCCAAGAAUCGCUUGGCCGCAUGGACAAAGAAGCAUCUGACGAAGAAGGAGCAAGCAGACUUCGGCAACUGCAGUUACGACGAGCCCGAAUAUCUCGAGACGGGUCGACGAGCCUUCCCAGGAAGCUGUUACAUCAUCCGGGACGACGAGCCUUUGUCCAUCAUUGCCUUUUCGCUUAGCUCGCGAGACUUCCGCGCUGAAAUGGGCACGCUUGCAGAUCGUCGACAAGAUGCUGCGGGCUACAUGGGCAGUAGCAAUGACGAGCAUGUCAAGCAAUGGCGUAGCGGCGUCACGGACAACGUUGAGACCGCCACAAUCGGCUCCCACAUCUCUACAUCAGCCGCGAGCACCACCACGGCUGUAUCUUCGCUGCUACAGGACCGAUCCAUGCGGAAGGUGCCCUUCUCUCAGCUGGACCCGGAUAAGGAUGAGGUCUUCUUCGAUGCCGAGCCAGUGAAGGCCGCGCUGAAGCGAAAGAAACGUGGGCGAGAGUCUUCGAUCUUGUCACUGACCUUGCGUCGGGUCGGGUCGACCAUCUCGGAAUCGCAAAGAGUCGACUAUCGAACAAUGCCGGUCAAUGGUAGGCCGACGUCUUCCGCUGGAUCUUUCAAAGAUGAUGAUGACGACGAGGACGAUGAUAUUGUCAACGAUGACGACGAUGGUGAUGCACGAAGUUCAAUCAUCCGCAGCUCUACGGAUGGUCAGGACACCACAUUGGAUGCCCGUAGAUUGGAAAAGACACCACUGAGACGACCGUCUGCCAUCCACACCGAUCGAAUUACGCCGUCUCCGUCUCCCAGCAGGCCUGACCUGCGCACUUCUGGAAGCGUCUCAGCACUUCGCAGGACAUUCGAGCUCCGUUCGCAAUCUUCUUUUUCUUCCAUUACGGACAGGAAGUCGUCGAUGCAGCAACAUCCUCAGCAAACUGUAGGCACGAGCACCGUCAGCAGUACGAGCACGGACACUACCUUCCAUGCUCAGAUUACGCCGGUGUCGGGCCGUCCUGCCUCACUCGCCAGCAUCUUCUCCUUGACGACAUCGCAAUCCCAGAGCACAGAUUCGCGCGUCAGUAAUAUCGCAUAUCGCUCCGAUACGAAAGUGCCCGUAGGAGCAGCGUCGCCGCGAGCUAUUCCUCGCUCAACUUCCAGCAAUCGACCGACGUCAUCUUCUGCGAACGCAACUGACAGUUCUCUGGGCCCGAACGCAAAUCGGCUCAGUGGAACUUCGCCGCUGGCAAAGGACAAUAGCAAAGCACACAAGAUGGCAGCGCAGCCCUCGUCUUCCGCAAGCGAAGGUGUUCCGGGAGCAGACGCCCAGUCGAUGAUCUCCAACAGCACUCUUCCAGGCUCUCAAGCAGCCGAGUCGCCUCACAUCAAGCACAACCUCAUUCACGGCACCACCAAGAUCUCUUGCGUGUCUUGGUUUGCUGAAGAGUUUGCAGCACUGCGCGAGAAGUGGGGUGUCGAGCACGACUUCGCCCACAGCCUGUCACGAUGCCAGCCUUGGGUUGCUACCGGCGGCAAGUCCAAGGCUGCCUUCUUCAAGACGGCUGAUGAGCGUUUCAUCGCCAAGCAGCUGCUGACGGUCUGGAGCGUCGAUGAGAAGGAGGCUUUCCUUGAGUUUGCACCAGCCUACAUCCGCUACAUGAUGAACUCGGCAGUCAACGAUUGUCCAACGCUGCUGGUCAAGAUCGCGGGAGUCUACAGCAUCAAGAUCAAGGACACGAAGACCAGCGAGACAAAGCUCAAGAUGAACGUGAUGCUGCUUGAGAAUCUGUGGGCGGGUGAUGGAGGGAAGUCGAUUCGUUUCGACCUCAAGGGUAUUCGCGAUCGCAAGGUCAAGCUAAGUGCGCAGCAGCAGCAGACUUUGCAACAAGCUGCGGUCAAUGCAACUGCAAGUGGACAGCCUCUCGUGGAAGUACCAGGGGCUGCAAAGGGUUCACCAGCUCAAGGUUCGGCCACUGCUGCAUUCGGCGCAGGACUGCAAUCCGCUACAGCGGGAGAUGCAUCCGCACCUGCCACAAGCAUCGGGACGAGCAGCAACAGCAGUGCGCAAACGAGUCCGAGCAGGGCUGGCGACGACAGUAAGAAGGGAGGAGAAUCAACGGGGGGCGAUCCUAAGCCUUCUUCUGCCAACUCUGCUUCGAGCGCAGUAUGGUGGGACAGCGAAUGGAUCGAACGCUACCGGCAUCGUGCCUUUGUGCCUGAGACGCAAAAGGAGCUCUUCUUCCGCGCCAUACAGAACGAUACCCGGUUCCUCACCGCCUCCAACGUGAUGGACUACUCCCUUCUCCUUGGUGUCAUGGAACGUCCCGUCAGACAGGACGAUAUGUAUCCACCCGCAGCACCCACUGCGACCGCCGACUUGACCGGAAACACCAAAACUGCAGAUCUGGACGCCUCCGAGGAGCUUGACGAGGCCCCAGAACGACCUUUGUUCCGAUGCCGAAUUGUCGACUUUCUUGGUGCGUUCACACUCGCCAAACAGCUAGAAUCAAGCUCGAAGAAGGCGCUCAAAGGUCAAGAUGCCAAGAGUAACGUUACGAUCUUGCCACCUUCAGAGUAUGCUAGUCGGUUCUUAUCAGCCAUGGACAGUUACUUUAUCGGGACACCAUGCCAGCCACGACUCGACCCAAGGUAUGGGUUUGAUAGGAUGUGUGAAGAGACCGCCGCUGCAGCCAGAGCAGCCGAAGUUGCAGGAGAGGAGAUGGAGGAUAGUGCUAUUCGAAAGCCUCGUCUUGCGUCCGUCUUGUAG